AUGUGGACGCCACAUAUUUGAUAUCCUUAUUCCAUGCAAGUGCAACCCCACACAGAUAUACAAUGUUCGGCGUAGCUACGUAAAAAGUAAAUGUAUUUGUUGAUGAAAUGUCUGUGUCGGGCCACACUAGGAUCUCUGCUACUUCAUUUUAUUUUUGAAAAAAUUACUCCUACAAUCUUUCCAUUCAUUAUAUAUAACUUGGUGACAAGUGCUACUAGAAGAAAAAAUAUUGUCAAGAGAUGUGGCUGUUCAGGGGAAAUGGGCCUUCUGGAUUUUCUUCAGCUUCCACAGCUGAGGAAGUUACCAAAGGAAUUGAUGCCUCUGGCCUCACUGCCAUUGUUACAGGGGCGUCAAGUGGUAUAGGAUUAGAAACAACGCGUGUUCUUGCUAAGCGCGGUGUUCAUGUUGUGAUGGGAAUCAGAAAUAUGGGUGCUGGAGAGAGAGUUAAAGAAGGAAUCAUCAAAGAGAAUCCAGCUGCCAAGAUUGAUGCCAUUGAGUUAGAUCUCAGUUCCAUGAAAUCUGUUAGAAGUUUUGCAUCCGAGUUUACAUCUUCAGGUCUACCGUUGAACAUUUUGAUUAAUAAUGCAGGAAUAAUGAUGCCUCCUUUCACACUGUCUGCAGACAAGAUAGAGCUACAGUUUGCCACUAACUAUAUAGGUCAUUUCCUUCUAACUCACUUGUUACUGGACACCAUGAAGAAGACAGCCCGUGACACGAAAAGGGAGGGAAGGAUUGUGAACCUCUCCUCAAGGGCUCAUCGCCAUUCAUACAGACAAGGCAUUCGGUUUCACAAAAUCAAUGAUGAAAAGAGUUAUUCCAAGUGGUAUGCGUACGGCCAAUCAAAACUUGCUAACAUACUGCACGCUAACGAGCUGUGUAGACGGUUAAAGGAAGAGGGUGCAGACAUAACUGCAAAUUCAGUUCAUCCGGGAGUAAUCGCGACCAAUCUUUUCCGUCAUUUUGGCAUUUUUGAAGGUAAUCUUGGCAUUUUUGAAGGUCUAGCGAGCAGCGUUGGUCGACUGGUGCUGAAAAAUGUUGAGCAGGGGGCCUCAACUACAUGCUAUGUGGCGUUGCAUCCACACCUCAAAGGCAUCAGUGGUCAAUACUUUUCUAGCAACAACUUGGACAACCCAGAUGCCAAGGCUACUGACAAAGAUUUGGCUGCUAAACUUUGGGAUUUUACCAUCAACUUGAUCAAUAAAUAAAUAACUUUCUAUAUACCAAAAUAAACCUAUUUUAUGUUAUGCUACCCAUGUACAUCACAUGAAAUAACUUGGAAAAAUUAGACACAGAGAGGGAGAAUGUACAAUUUGAGAAAGUUGAUGCACCAAAUCUGGAUUGGUUCUCUCCAUUUUUUUCUAGAGCUGUUGCAUACUGUCAUGUAAAUAGUUCUACAGCUACUAUCAUCCGGGGUGAUAUUUCUACCCUUCUAUGGAAUAAUGUGAAUAUACAUUUCUUUUUCGCA